AUGUCGUCAUGGGGUGUGGAUCCACCAGAAGAACUUCAAAAAUGGGUUGAAGAACAUUAUGUUUCUUCUGCUGUCGAUGAAAAUAUUAAUUUAACCUACACAAAUGAUGAUAUUCGGCUAUGCACAAUGCAACGUGCCAUACCACAACAGAAAAUAGGUGUUCAAUUCCAUUAUUUUCCACCAGAACGAUUCCAUUACUUUAAACUUACUGAAGAUUUAGCAUCCAGUUUGGCUCAUCGAGCAGGUCUAAAACCAUACGAUCGAAUCAUCUUUUACAAUGGCAUCAAUGUUGAGAGUGACACCAAAUAUCAGUUUAGUGAACUUUUCAAAACAUCACGAAAUCUUCCAGUUCAAGUGCUUGUUUGUAGUCCGGCUACAUAUGAACAUUAUAAAGCAAAUAAUAAACGUUUUCAUUAUGAUCUCCCAACUAUUCAACGUUUGAAACCCGUAUAUGCAACAUCAAUAAUGGAUUCACAUACAGAUGUUCCAGCGGUUUCUUUUGAUCAUAAAACUUUUUAUGCUGUCAAAUGGGUAGACAGCAACGUUAUUUCGACAAUGCCUCAAUCGGCAGCUUUCAAAGCACCAGAGUUUACUAAAGUGGAUGACACCUGCUUUAUUGAAAUAGAAGGAGAAUAUCGAAAAGGCCAAAUCAUUGACAAAGGUACACGAACCGAGUGUGACAAUUUGAGUAAACUGUCGGUUCAACCAGGAAUCAAUGAUUAUUUGAGUACAUUCCAGGUAUGUUUAGAUUUGCUUAAAAAUAAAUUACCAAUUUCAUCACGAUUUCUCCUACCUAUAAUCAAUCCAUUAAAUGAUGCCGUUAGAAGGCUGGAACUUGAACGAACAGAAGCGCAAGUGGCUAUUCAGGAUCCAACAGCUGAUACUCAAAUAAGUCAGGAUAACGAUGUCGUACAGUGUCAACCGAAACUCACUGAUGCAAAACAUUGGACUAUCGAUGAUGUUUGUCGAUGGGUUCAGUCGCUCAAACAGAUUGGGAAAGAUUAUUCGAAUAGUUUUCGCGCCAAUGGUAUUGAUGGUUCAUUCUUAUUAACAUAUGUCGAUGAUGAAGUUCUCAAAGAAUUAGAUGUAUCUGCUGUUCAUCGGAAAUUAAUUAUGAAAGAAAUCAAGGAAUUGAAGAGUAAUCGUUAUUCAUUAUCAACAAAGUCAGGUUUUUAUGGGGAAUUCGAAGGUGACUUUACUCCUUUUUUGCAUGCAACUAAACUAUCAUCAGCAUCAACCACCUUUUCAAAUGUAUCCGCCUGUGUACUAACGAAGAAAGAGCAUUCUACAAUCGUAUCGCGUAUUUACAAUUGGCUCGGCACUUUGCCAACAUGCUAUAGAGUUGAAAAACUGGAAUUCAUAUUUAAUUCUGGCAUUUAUCGAAAUUUUCUCGGACAAAUCGAGAUCGUGGAGAGUCGCCAGAAAAAGCCAGAAUUUCAAGCGACGCUUGACAAGGAAAACGUUUGCAAACAACGUAAGCAAGUCUUGCAACGUCUUGAAACUUUAUGUCAUCAAGUAUCACAUAAUCGCCGCUUGCGUAUAGCGCGAAUGUGGCAUGGAUGUCGGAGAAGUGUUUUGCCACAUCUUCUAUCCGAUGGAUUUGCGGCUCUCAGCAUGUUAGACGAUGGUUGGUAUGGUAAAGCUAUCUAUUUCACGUCUUCAGCUAAAUAUGCCACUCGCUAUUUCCGGGAAGAUAACGGCUGCUUAGUUAUGUGUUACGUGUUGCUGUUAAAUCCGUUUCCUGUCGUUUCAGAUGAUGCACCACCUGACGUACCACCAGAAAAGUUUCGCUUCUAUGGUAGAGGCAAUUAUAAAAACUAUCAAUGCCACUACAUACCUGUUUCACCUGUUGGCGGCAAAAAUACUAUGGAUUAUCGUCCACCACCAACAGGUGAUAUAGACGAUGCCGAAUAUGAUGAACUUGCUGUCUUUCAAGAAGCACAUAUUUUACCGCAGAUCGUCAUAUAUUGUAACACUGACGAUUGA